AGGAGACAGAGAAACACACUGGGUUAAGUCCACGGUGGCACUGGUGGUCCAGGAAACAGAGAAACACGCUGGGUUAAGUCCACGGUGGCACUGGUGGCCGUCCCAGGGGAACCGCAGGAGACCUCGCCCCUCGCUGCUCCCCGCUGCCACCGCUCCCUCAUGAUCGAGCCCACAGUCUGUUUUCUCUUCCCCAAGGGUGAAGCCACACCACAUUCCAGCCUGACACAGACGGGGGAGCUGAAGGGAAGACGCCGAGACCCUGCAGCUGCCACCAUGAGCUCAGGAAACCUCGGGGACCGCUCAGAUAUCGAGGGCUUGUUUGAGGCUGUCAUUGACAAUCUCUGGGACAUAAUGAGCAGAGAAGAACUGCUCCUCCUGCUGACCAAGGUCCUGAACAGAAUUGAGACUGAGGCCAGUUUGUCCAGGGAAGACAUAGAUGCACUACAUGUGUAUCUGAGUGAAUUGGAAAGCGACUUGGCUGGGGAGCACCAAAAAGACCAGCUGCACAGGAAGAGGUUUUUGAGAAGGUUUCCUCAGGUGAAACGGGAGCUGGAGAUGCUCAUAGAAAAGCUCCAGGCACUUGCAGACAAUGCUGAGAAGGUCCACAGGGACUGCACCAUCUCCAACGUGGCAGCCGCCUCCGCCGGCGCUGCGUCUGGAGUCCUGACCAUCCUUGGCCUGGCUCUGGCACCCGUGACAGCGGGGGUCAGUCUGGCACUUUCGGCCACUGGGUUAGGGCUGGGAGCAGCGGCGGCUGUGACCAGUGUGUCCACCGGCAUCGUGGAAUAUGUAAGCAGGUCGUCAGCAGAAACCGAAGCCAGCCGCCUGAUGUCAAGUGGCGUCAACAAAUGGAAGAUGCUCCUGGAGGUUCUUAAGAGCAACCCCCAAAUUGUUUACACAACAAAGACAUUCACAGAGGCCGUGGACUGCAUUGAAAUGAUCAUCCAGGGCCAGGAUAGCGUCAGUGCCAACCCUGGCUUAGCACCCAAUGUGAAUGUCUUCGCGGGCACUGGGAGAAUCUCAGUCUCAGGCAUCCAGCAUGUUGAGGGAGCUAUCAAAGGCACGGCUCUGGCAAUGACCAAAGGAGCCCGGAUCAUCGGUGCGGCCACUGCAGGUGUCUUCCUUCUGGUGGACGUGGGCUUUCUGGUGAAAGAGUCAAUGCACUUGCAUGAAGGGGCAAAGUCAGAGUCGGCAGACAGGCUGAGGCAGCAGGCCUGGGAGCUGGAGAGGAAGCUGGAGGAGCUCACCCGGAUCUAUGAGAGUCUGCAGUAGGGCCUGACUCACCACCCUCAGAGCAGUGCAGGGACACGUGUGGGGCCAAGGUGUGGAGGAAGCUUGUUAGAGGGAAAAGGAAGGCGAGAUGAAAUUGAUGGAGCGGGAUGUUAGGAAUCUGGCAUCUCUGUAGCUGAGCACAGCAGGGGAGGGAGGGAUGCAGGUGGCAGAUGGGGAGAGGGAAGGAAGGAGCCUGGAGCCUGGGCGGAGGGAGGAGAGGGGACUAGAGAGUGAGGGGAGGGGAGAAACCACUUGUUUUGGACUAAAGAAGACACUGGGGGCAGAAAUAAAGGGAGAGGCGGGGGAAGCUAGCAACAAGAGGCCAGGAAUACGAAAGGGUUGCAAAUGGGAGAAAGCUGAAGGGUUAGGAUUGUUGGGAUCUGGGAGAAGUAGUAGGGGCUCCUCUCUCACCCCUCCCCAGGGUUUGAUGUCCCAGCAAGAAGAGAGUCUCCCCCUGGGGGUGGUCUCUGGCCCUACUUUUCCAGUAUCAACUCACCUUUGAUCCCAGCAGGUGUAUCUUAAUUAGGCAGUGACAUCUUUUGUUUGUUUUUAUUGAAGUGUAGUUGAUUUAUAAUAUUGUGUUAGUUUCAGGUGUACAGCAAAGUGAUUCUGUUAUACAUGUAUCUAUCUAUAUAUCUAUAUUCUUUUUUGAUUCUUUUCCAUUACAGGUUAUUACAAGAUAUUGAGUAUUCUUCCCUGUGCUGUACAGUAGGUCCGUGUGGUUGACCUAGUUUAGGUCUGGUAGUGUGCAUCUGUUAACUCCAGACUCCUAAUUUUUCCCUCCCCCCCACUUUGGUAACAAUAAGUUUGUUUUCUAUCACUGUGAGUCUGUCUCUGUUUUGUAAAUAAAUACAUCUGUAGUCUUUUUUUUUUCCCCCAGAUGUGCCGAACGGCUUGUGGGAUCUCAGUUCCCCCCUCCAGGGAAUGAACCUGAGCCACAACAGUGAAAGUGACAAAUCCUAACCACUAGACCACCAGGGAACUCCCUGAACUAUAUUUUAGACCACAUAUAGGUGAUAUCAUAUCUUUGUCCUUGUGUGACUUACUUCACUUAGUAUGAUCAUCUCUAGAUCCAUACAUGUGGCUACAAAUGGCAUUAUUUCGUUCUUGUUGUGGCUGAGUAGUAUUCCUUGUCUAUAGGUAUCACAACUUCUUUAUCCAUUCAUCUGUCGAUGGACAUUUAGGUUACUUCCAUGUCUUGGCUAUUGUAUACAGUGCUGCUAUAAACAUGGGGUGCACGUAUCUUUUCGAAUUGGAGCUUUCAUCUUUUCCGGAUAUAUGCCCUGAGGUGGAAUUGCUGAAUCAUCUGGUAGCUCUAUGUUUAGGUUUUAAGGAGCCUCUGUGGUGAUUUCCAUAGUGAGAACACCAAUUUACAUUCCCACCCACAGUGUAGAAGGGUUCCCUUUUCUCCACACCAUCUCCACUAUUUACUAUGUGUUGACUUUUUGAGGAUGGCCAUUCUGAUCGGUAGAGGUGAUACCUCCUUGUACUUCUGAUCUGCAUUUCACUAACAAUUAGCAAUGAUGAGCAUCUUUUCAUGUGCCUGUUGGCCAUCUGUCUGUCUGUCUUUGAAGAGACAUCUAUUUAGGUUUUCAGGAAAUGACUCCUCAUGAGAUGGUAUUGGUGACUGUGGUGGUGGCGGCAGUGGUGGUGAUGACAGCACGGGGGUGGAUCCUUUGACAAGUUGCCAGGUGCUCUUUGGGCCCAGGGUGCACUAAGAGACAGUGAGGUUCCCAUAAAAUUCAAAUGUUGUCUUGGAACACAGGUUGAAAUCAAAAAAAAAAGAAAAAAAAAGAAAAGAAAAAGAAGAGAAAAAAGAAAAAUGAAACCAGAUGGCAGCAACAGGGCAAGGAACUUUGCCAUGUGUCAAGGAGAUCAGCCCUCCUGGGACCAACAGAUGCAGCCUCUCUGAGCCUCAGUUUCUUCCUCGGUUGGGGGUGGGGCUACACAAGAUAUUCCAGGUCCCCCUGGCUCUCCCCACCUUGUGCUCUACAGACUUUGGUUCAAUAAACAUGAACUGAUGGACUGAGGCUUCCUUG